GCUGCGCAACUGUCUUGCAUUAUGCACUAUCUUGAACACACGUUCAACUGCCUGCUGUGAUAUCGCCGUGUGGUCAGUCCCCUAUGGUCAGUCCCCGCGUAACGUCGGUGAACUGUGCUGAAGAAAUGGAGAAAAUCAGCGCCUUGCAUUCGGAUAAAGCUGAAGAUGUGGCUACUUCUUCCAGCUUCCGUCAAUUCAAGAUCGAGCACUUUCAUCUUGACCUCAGCGUUGAUUUUGACAAGAAGAGUCUGUCAGGCACCGAGACUCUCCGGCUGAGGUGCAUUCAGGACCAACAAAGCGAAGUGCUGCUAGACAUCCACCCGUCUCUGAGCUUUCAAGAGGUGUCCUUCUGCCACGGCUACGAUGACACCGAAUGGAAAAAAGCAGAAUUUCUCACCAGGGACUUCACAAGCUACGGUACCACUCUGGUCGUUAAAUUCCCUGCGCCGUGGAAAGCCGACGACAAAUUCCGGGUGGCUAUCAAAUAUGCUGCCUCCGACGGACCAGGGAUGUCGUGGCUGGUGCCCGCGCAGACUAGCGAGCGGAGGCUGCCCUUCCUCUACACCAGCGGAUUCCCGGUCCUGAACAGAAGCCUGUUCCCCGGUUUCCACACGCCCAUGACAAAGAGCCCGUACUCGGCCACUGUGCAGGUGCCGGAGGGCUUCACGGCGGUCAUGAGCGCCACCACGUGGGAGCACAGGAAGUCGGACAACAGCUUCCUGUUCCGCAUGGAGCAGCCCAUCCCCUCCUACCUGGUGGCGCUCGCUGUGGGAGACCUGGUGUCGGCAGAGGUGGGGCCCAGGACUCGUGUGUGGACAGAGCCGUGUCUGCUGAAGGCAGCGCAGACGGAAUACGACGGCGUGAUCGAAGACUUCCUGUCUGUCGGAGAGAAGCUGUUUGGACCGUAUGUGUGGGGAAGGUAUGACGUGCUGUUCAUGCCGCCCUCCUUCCCGUUCGGGGGCAUGGAGAACCCCUGCCUGACCUUCGUGACCCCGUGCCUGCUGGCGGGCGACCGCUCGCUGGCCGACGUCAUCGUGCACGAGAUCUGCCACAGCUGGUUCGGCAACCUGGUGACCAACGGCAACUGGGGCGACUUCUGGCUCAACGAGGGGUUCACCAUGUACGCGCAGAGACGCGUGUGCCGCCAGCUCUACGGUGAGGCGUACACCUGUCUGGAAGCAGCCACGGGCCGCGCCCUGCUGAAGCAGCAUAUAGACAACACGGGAGAGGACCAUCCCCUCAACAAGCUACGCGUCAAAAUCAAGCCAGGGGUGGACCCUGACGACACCUAUAACGAGACUCCCUAUGAGAAGGGCUUCUGUUUCGUCUCGUACCUGGCUCACCUGGUGGAUGACCAGAGCCGCUUCGACUCCUUCCUCCGGGCCUACGUGGACAAGUUUAAGUUCUGCAGCGUGAUGUCCGAGGACACACUGGAGUUCUUCUUGGAGUACUUCCCUGAGCUGCGCAAGAAGGGCGUGCACCAGAUCAAGGGUCUGGAGUUUGAGAGCUGGCUGAAUGUCCCUGGGUGGCCACCGUACCUGCCUGACCUGUCGGCUGGGCGGAGCCUGAUGACGCCGGCGGAGCAGCUGGCUGAGCUGUGGGGGCAGCCGCGCCCCGACAUGACGACCAUCGCCAGCGUCAGCCUCACGUCCUGGAAGACCUACCAGACCGUCUACUUCCUGGAGCAGAUCCUGGGGAGGUCACCGCUGCCUGAGGGCAACAUGGCGUUGCUGGCGGAACAGUACCCUCACAUCGUGGAGUCGAGUAACGCAGAGUUGCGUCUCCGCUGGGCCCAGAUCAUCGCCAAGAACCAGCACCAGCCCGGCUACCAGCACAUCCGCAACUUCCUCAGCUCACAGGGGAAGCAGAAGUACACUCUGCCGGUGUACCGGGCGCUGUGGGGGGAGUCUGAGGAGACACGGGCGCUGGCCACGGACAUCUUCUCCAGCACGGCCCACCAGCUCCACGUCAACGUCCGCAACUACGUCAAGAAGAUCCUCAGCUGAGCGUGCCCACGCCGACCACCACACUUGUAGAGAUGACCACUCACCUGCCCAGGUGCCAAUCUCACCUGUAGAACCGACCACCUCACCUGUAGAGCCAACCACCUCACCUGCCCAGGUGCCAACCUCACCUGUUGAGCCGACCACCUCACCUGCUGCAGAGGGAGCGUGGUUCUCUAUAGCCUACAUCAAUAAACCCAUCACUUUGGGCAUUAUGAUACUAUUCAAACCCAUCACUUUGGGCAUUAUGAUACUAUUCAAACCCAUCACUUUGGACAUUAUGAUACUAUUCAAACCCAUCACUUUGGACAUUAUGAUACUAUUCGGUCAAAGGGAAUGUCUUGGCACUUAUUCAAGUACUGUGGUACUAUAGUUUUGCAUAUUGAUUAUGCAAAGUUUUUUUCUAAACAUGUUGACUGGGAAUAAAUGUUUUGUAAAACAA